UAGUAUUUAUUCAAUGGCAGUUCAAUCCAAGAUACAGAGAAAGCAUCCUGGACAGAAGUGAAAGAACUUCUUAAAUCAGAGACAAGCUUCCAAGGCGAGUUUCCUAAAGAAAAAUGGGCAGCAAGGGCAAAGUUAUUAAAUGCAAAGCAGCCAUCGCCUGGGAAGCAAACAAGCCCCUUUGCAUAGAAGAGGUUGAGGUAGCUCCCCCCAAGGCACAUGAAGUUCGAAUUCAGAUAAUUGCCACUGCCUUGUGCCAUACCGAAGCCCAUAUUCUCCAUCCUAAAUUUACGGAGGCUUUUUUCCCAGUGAUCCUUGGCCAUGAGGGGGCAGGUAUUGUGGAAAGUGUUGGGCCAGGAGUGACCAACUGCAAACCAGGUGACAAAGUGAUUCCUCUCUACAUGCCUCAAUGUAAAAAAUGCAAGUUCUGUUUGAGUCCACUCACAAAUUUCUGUGCAAAGCUCAGUCCAUCCAAAAGUCCUCUUGUUCAGCAAGAACUAAUGGAAGACAGAACCAGCAGGUUUACCUGCAAAGGAAAACCAGUUUACCAUUUCAUGGGGAUCAGUACCUUCUCUCAGUACACUGUCGUAUCAGAUACUAAUCUGGCCAAAAUAGAUAAUGAUGCAAAUUUAGAGAGAGUCUGUCUGCUUGGAUGUGGGUUUUCAACUGGCUAUGGAGCUGCAAUCAACACUGCCAAGGUUACCCCAGGUUCUACUUGCGCCAUCUUUGGCCUGGGAGGUGUCGGCCUUUCUGCUUUAAUUGGUUGUAAAGUAGCAGGAGCUUCCAGAAUCAUAGCUGUUGAUAUCAACAGUGAGAAGUUUGCUAAGGCCAAAGCACUUGGAGCCACUGACUGCCUCAAUCCUAGAGACCUACAGAAACCCGUCCAGGAGGUCAUCAUUGAAAUGACCGGUGGGGGUGUGGAUUUUGCACUUGACUGUGCAGGUGGAUCUGAAGCCAUGAGAGCAGCCCUGGACUGCACAACAAUAGGUUGGGGAUCGUGUACUCUCAUUGGAGUAGCCAUUGGUGACAAAGGAUUGACUAUUUCUCCAGUAGAGAUAAUAAUGGGCCGUACUAUCAAUGGAACAUCAUUUGGUGGUUUCAAGGGUAGAGAUUCAAUCCCAAAGCUGGUUACUGAUUACAAGAAUAAGAAAUUCAACCUGGAUGCACUGGUGACCCAUACCCUGCCUUUUGACAAAAUCAAUGAGGCAUUUGACCUAAUGCACCAAGGAAAAAGCAUUCGAACAGUCCUGACCUUCUGAAGAAGCCAGGAACAAUUUGGAAGACUAUCUGCCUGAAUCUGAACCUGAUAAUCUGGUUAAUUUAUAAUCUGAUAUGAUGAACCAAAGAUCACCAUGAAUUUAAAUAAAUAUUUACAGUUAACAUCUCAACAUCAAAUAGCUAUAAAGAUUAUAGCAUUUGUAGUAAAAUACAGUAAUAGUUCCUGUGCUAAAUAACUAUGAUAACUGAUGUGUUUAUUAAUAAAAUUGUUUAAAACUAGUUCUGGAGAAAUGGUAAUAAAGAAUAAAGAGGUAAUAAGAAAACUAGAUUAGCUACACAUUCACAAUAUUUUAGGUUGGGUGAUACAUAUACGGGGUCUCAGUACACUGCUCUACUUUUGAAUAUGUUGCACAUUUUCCAUAAUAAAAAAUUUUACUAGAAAAAAAAUCAUAUAUAUAUAUAUAUAUAUACACACAAAAGGUACAUAUAUCUUUAAAGUAUAUAUCACAUAUAUGUAAUGCUGUUAUGUAAUUUCAGAGUUCCAAUAAACUAUGAGCUACUCUUCUUUAAUAAA